GCUCCCCAGUCAUUCAGCCCGCGCCCGGGUUCCGGCCCCGGGGGGUCUCGGUUCCGGGUGCGCUGCCCGGGUUCCCGGCCCCCGCGGGCGUGUGGGGUCGGGGCUAGCCGGCCCCGCCGCCCGAGCGCCCCCCAUGGAGUCCCAGUGCGACUAUGCCAUGUACUUCCCGGCCGUGCCGCUGCCGCCGCGCGCCGAGCUGGCGGGCGACCCGGGCCGGUACCGGGCGCUGCCGCGGCGGAACCACCUCUACCUGGGCGAGACGGUCCGCUUCCUGCUGGUGCUGCGCUGCCGCGGCGGCGCCGGCGCCGACUUGGGCGCCCGCGGGGCCUGGGCCGAGCUGGCCAGCGCCCUGGCCGCCCUGGCCUCGGUCAGCGCAGGCGGCGCCGGCGAGCCGGAGGCCGAGCCCCCCGGGGCCGGGGACCCCGGCGGGGGAGCGUUGUUUCGCGGUUGCAGCCCCCUGCUCACCCACGGCCCUGGCCCGGCCGCCUCGGGGGCAGCGAGCACGCUGCCGGUGGAGGAGCCGAUCGUGUCCCCGGACGAGGUCAUUUUCCCGCUCACCGUUUCCCUGGACAGGCUGCCCCCCGGGACGCCCAAGGCCAAGAUCGUCGUGACGGUGUGGAAGCGGGAGGUCGAGGCACCCGAGGUCAGAGACCAAGGCUACCUGCGCUUGCUGCAGACCCGCUCUCCUGGGGAGACCUUCCGGGGGGAGCAGAGCGCUUUUAAGGCCCAAGUGAGCACUCUGCUGACGCUGCUGCCGCCUCCCGUUCUGAAAUGCCGCCAGUUCACUGUGGCCGGAAAACACUUGACCGUGCUCAAGGUGCUGAACAGCUCCUCCCAGGAGGAGAUCUCCAUCUGGGACGUCCGCAUCCUUCCCAACUUCAAUGCCAGUUACCUCCCCGUCAUGCCCGACGGCUCCGUGCUGCUGGUGGACAAUGUCUGUCACCAAUCUGGGGACGUCUCCAUGGGCUCCUUCUGUCGGCUCCCUGGGACCUCCGGCCGCUUCCCCUGCCCACUUAGUGCCCUGGAGGAACACAACUUCCUGUUUCAGCUAAGAGGGGGUGAGCAGCCCCCUCCAGGGGCCAAGGAGGGCCUGGAAGUCCCCCUGAUUGCUGUGCUUCAGUGGUCCACCCCGAAACUACCCUUCACCCAGAGCAUCUACACCCACUACCGCCUGCCCAGCAUCCGCCUGGACCGCCCGUGCUUUGUGAUGACCGCUUCCUGUGAGUCCCCUGUCCGGACCUAUGAGCGCUUCACCGUCACCUAUACGCUGCUCAACAAUCUCCAGGACUUUCUGGCCGUGAGGCUCGUGUGGACCCCCGAGCACGCCCAGGCUGGGAAGCAGCUGAGUGAGGAGGAGCGUCGCGCCAUGCAGGCGGCCCUGGACGCCGUGGUGUGCCACACGCCCCUCAGCAACCUGGGCUUCUCCCGGAAGGGCAGCGCGCUGACCGUCAGCGUGGCCUUCCGGGCUCUGCGGGCCGGGCUCUUUGAGCUGAGCCAGCACAUGAAGCUGAAGCUGCAGUUCACGGCCAGCGUGUCCCACCCACCCCCCGAGGCCCGGCCCCUGUCGCGCAAGAGCAGCCCCAGCAGCCCCGCGGUCCGCGACCUGGUGGACAGGCACCAGGCCAGCCUGGGCCGCUCCCAGUCCUUCUCCCACCAGCAGCCGUCCCGCAGCCACCUCAUGAGGUCGGGCAGCGUCAUGGAGCGCCGGGCCAUCACGCCGCCCGUGGCCUCGCCCGUGGGCCGCCCCCUCUACCUGCCCCCCGACAAGGCCGUGCUCUCUCUGGACAAGAUCGCCAAGCGCGAGUGCAAGGUCCUGGUGGUGGAGCCCGUCAAGUAGAGCCACCAGCCCCACACCGGCACUGCCAGAGACGUAAUGCCCCCCCGCCCCCCCGGGCUCCUUGUUCUGGUGGGGGGGGGGUUGUUGAGGGGGACGCAGAGGGCGCCCGUGGCCGUCUGUCUGUGUCUGCUGCUGAUGGCGAGGGACGAAGCUGUGAAUCACACACUCCAGUGCACUGCCCACUAGGCCAACAGUAUUUCCCCAACUUCUGGGGGGGCUGGCCCCACCCCUCGGCCAGGGCAGGGGCUCCGGGAGCCCCCACACACUCCCCGCCUUUCCCCAACUCUUAAGUUUACAAAGUACAUCCCUCGCCUUUCCCGCCUCUGACAUUCCCGCCGCGGGGCCGAGAGCAGGGGGUGGUGAGCCGGUGAGGGGUCCCCAGCGGUGGCCGUCCUGUCUCAGGGCAGUGGGGGGAGCAGGGGGCCCCUCCUGUUUACGUUUGCAGCCUGAAGCACUUUAAGUUGUGGGUUUCGUUCUUUUUCCGCGUCCGUUUGUUCCUGUAACUUAUUCUCCAGCGACGGCUUCACCCCACACCGGAUCAUUAAAGCCUGUUCGGGAGCCAGA